GGUGGAUUACUAUUACCCAGAUGGGACUCCAUGGGGUUGAAAUGGUGCCUGAAUUGAACUAUAUCCUCGGCUCAGAAAGGGUGAGAGUCGAUGAAAGAUCCUUAGGUUAUAAAAGCCUAAUGCUUUGUUAACACCUAAAGCUGAAAUGGAAGACAUUGGGCUUUAUUUAAACCUAUCCCGCAAUCCUUUUGGAUCAACCGCUUAUUACAAGCAACGUCUGGCUGGGUAUAUACACAAUCGUGUACGAUUUUCUCUUCAGCUAGACUCCCAUUACUUCCUGAUAGGCCAUUUAUUUAUUGCAAGAAAAUACGUACACUUCGAGUGCAUACAGGUGCAAUCUGGACGCCAACACAGACUUAAUAUAGAGCUACCGUAUUACAUGCUACUCGAAUAUUAUGCUUAAAUAAGGGAAUUUUCAGUUGUUAGUAGCUAUUUCAAGACUUAGCGCUUGGAUUCCUUCUUCAAUCCACCGUCCCCACAGUUUUGUUACAACUUAC